UCUGAUUGGCCACCGACUCGUUUCGUUCAUUUGACAAGCAAAAUAGUGCUUUGGUCGCCAGAAAAGAAAAGCACCGUGAAUUACCUUAACCUACACCGCAAAGAUGUCCGAGGAGCGAUCUGAAAGAUCCGAUGGGAAGAUUGUGAAGAUGGAGGUCGACUACAGUUCGACUGUGGAUCAGCGCCUCCCGGAAUGCGAAAAAAUGGCCAAAGAGGGCAAACUGCAAGAGGCUGUCGAAAGCUUAUUGUCACUGGAGAAGCAAACCAGAACGGCAUCAGACAUGGUGUCCACCUCUAGAAUCCUUGUUGCUGUGGUCCAGAUGUGUUAUGAAGCCAAGGACUGGGAUGCACUGAAUGAAAACAUCAUGUUGCUCACCAAAAGGAGGAGUCAGCUGAAACAGGCUGUUGCCAAGAUGGUGCAAGAAUGUUACAAGUAUGUGGAUUCUGUGACUGAUUUGACUAUCAAGCUGAGACUCAUCGACACACUCCGCACUGUGACUGCUGGCAAGAUCUACGUAGAGAUCGAGCGUGCCAGGCUCACAAAGACCUUAGCCAACAUCAAGGAACAGAAUGGUGAUGUCAAAGAGGCAGCUUCCAUUCUACAGGAGCUGCAGGUGGAAACAUAUGGCUCAAUGGAGAAAAAGGAGAAGGUGGAGUUUAUCUUAGAACAGAUGAGGCUUUGCAUUGCUGUCAAGGAUUAUAUCCGUACUCAGAUCAUCAGCAAGAAGAUCAACACCAAAUUCUUCCAAGAGGAGGGCACCGAGGAAUCGAAGCUGAAGUACUACAACCUAAUGAUCCAGGUGGACCAGCAUGAGGGCUCGUACCUGUCUAUCUGCAAACACUACCGGGCCAUCUAUGACACACCCUGCAUCUUGGAAGACAGCAGCAAGUGGCAACAGGCCCUGAAGAGUGUGGUGCUGUAUGUUAUUCUUGCCCCCUACGACAAUGAGCAGUCAGACCUUGUGCACAGAAUCAGUGCGGACAAGAAACUGGAAGAAAUCCCUAAGUACAAGGACCUUCUGAAACAGUUCACCACCAUGGAGCUGAUGCGCUGGGCUUCACUGGUGGAGGAUUAUGGCAAGGAGCUGCGAGAGGGCUCGCCUGACAGCCCCGCCACAGAUGUUUUCUCUUAUUCAGAGGAGGGGGAGAAAAGGUGGAAGGACCUAAAGAACAGAGUGGUGGAGCAUAACAUCAGAAUAAUGGCCAAAUAUUACACCAGAAUCACAAUGAAGAGGAUGGCUGGACUCCUGGACCUCUCAAUUGACGAAUCCGAGGAGUUCCUUUCCAGCCUAGUUGUAAACAAGACUAUCUACGCCAAGGUCGACCGGCUGGCCGGCAUCAUCAACUUCCAGAGGCCUAAAGACCCCAACGACCUGCUCAACGACUGGUCGCACAAACUCAACUCACUCAUGUCUCUGGUCAACAAGACCACACAUCUCAUUGCCAAGGAGGAGAUGAUCCACAACCUGCAGUGAAACAACAACAUUGUGCAUUAUUUUGUCUUUUGGUUCAUAUGUAUCAGCUUUUUUUUUCCUUCUGUGGGAAUGUUUUUGAAUAUACAGUACUGGUGGACUGUGAAGGCAGUGUUAUUCCAAUGUCAUAUAAUUGGAGAAAAAUCUGCAGCACAUAAGCAUCACCCCAAAUUUUGUUUAUUUUUUACUAUCCAGUAGAACAUUGACAAUAAAAACAUGAGCACCUCUCCUCUUUCCAUCCCUCUGUCAUAAAAGACUGGAUCUCCAAAUAUGUUACCCAUUCCUCUCUUAUGGAUUAUAUACAUGAAAACAUGGCUGAAAACUGUCAAAUGUAGUGUAAACAAUAAAUCCGUCACAUUUGGUUAACAGUUGUAUGGAGGUUUUAUACAAAGUGGGUACACAUUCUAAGAUGUGUUAAGAUUCUUGUUGCAGAAGAAGAAAUGUUUUAGAACAGAGCAGCCGUUGAGUCACAUUGGUUAAGAUCUAGUUAAAAGUCCCGUUAAGUUAACUUCACGUUAAAGUAUGAGAGCCAAGACAUGGUGAAUUUUACUUAACAGUCCUAAAUUGUCACUUCUACUUGUAUGCUGUUACUGAUAUUGACCAAUGUUAGCUGUCCGGUUAUGUCAGUGCAGUGUUGUUCAUGAUAUGUAAAAUAAACUCUCAUUUCUUUGAAGAAAAAAAAAAA